UCAUCCAUCACUUGAACCAGCUGAUCCCAAACAAAAGUACCCACCCAAAUCUCUUCCGACAAGUUAGUUAAAUCAGACAUGGCUUCUUCGUCGAAGUGCUUCGUCGUUGCUCUCAUCCUCGCCGUCACAUUCUGCAACAUGGAAAAUGGAAUGGCGGCUCGACAGCUCCUCCAACUGCCGAAACCCACAGCACUUCCUCCUAUGCCCACCAUCCCAUCUCUGCCUCAGCCAACUCUGCCGUCCGGAGGAGGAUUGCCACCGCUCCCCAGCGCCGGAGCCAUGCCCACCAUCCCAUCUCUGCCGUCCGGAGGAGGAUUGCCACCGCUACCCAGCGCCGGCGCGAUUCCGACCAUGCCCACAAUUCCUACCAUCCCAAAGGUUUCUCUGCCGCCAUUGCCUAGUGGUUUCCCAACCAUUCCUUCCAUCCCCGGCCUUACCCCGGCAGGCCCUGGAAACUGAAUGAAGUUUGUGGAUAUCAUUGUGUUUUGGAGUUCGAUGAUACGUUGUUAUUUCUUGGGAUUGCUUGUACGUCUAGAGAGGCUCAUUGUUUCUUUUUGUUCUGAUUGUUAUUAUUCGAGUUUCUUGGGUUGAAUAUUUGUUUCUACUAUUGUAUGCAUUACUCCGUUUUCAGUUACUUUUUGAGUUUGUAUCACUUCCUUUAUGUUUCGUGUACAUGUGUGAUUUACUAAAUAUCCUUCAUUCAUAUACAAGUUACAUGUAUAUCAAAAUAUGAACAAGAAAUCAAUGAGAAGAAAUCAAAGAACUCAUGCAUAUGAAAUUUGUCAAAACAUACAUAAACAAUGCUCAAGCCAAUAGACUAAACUAUUUUUC